GCCAGACGAUAGCAGCACCGUCGCCUCUGUCAUGUAUAAUAUGUACUAAUAUAGUUGUAUUGCGGUUUCCAGUGAACAUCAUAUACCUGGCUGUAGGAACUGCGUUCGCCUGGUCGUCACCGAUGUUGAUGAAACUGGACCUGACGCCGGACGAUAGCAGCACCGUCGCCUCUGUCAUGCCUCUAGGUGGUAUGUUGGGCCCCUUCGUGUCGGGUCUGGUGGUGGACAGGUUGGGCCGCAAGAACACCGCGGCCCUCAACAUGGGCUUCAUGACCUGCUCCUUCCUGCUCCUCACUAUCUUUAGGAACGUUACGAUUAUGUCCAUCGGGAGGUUCAUGUCCGGAUUAUCGUGGGGCCUCACCUUUUCGGCACUGCCGAUGUACAUCGCAGAAAUUUCUGAGGACUCUGUCCGUGGUGUGUUGAACACAAUGAGUAUGAUCUCGAUGGCCAGUGGGGGUAUUCUUAUGUAUGGUGUUGGACCAUUCGUCAGCUACGAAUUUAUCCAUUAUGUUCUUCUUGGCAUCUGUAUUCUAUUUUUCAUUCUAUUCCCUCUUCUACCCAACUCCCCGCACGCACUCGUCAUGAAUAACCAAGUCAACAGCGCCAGGAAAGCGCUUACUUGGCUCAGAGAGAAAAGGUCAGCCUCGUGUGUGGAGAAGGAGUUACAGGCAAUCCAGAAAAUAGUGACGGAGAACCAGGCAGAGUCGGCAGGAUCUAUCAAGGAGCUCGUGACGUCCCAGGGGAACCGCCGUGCCCUGACAAUCUGCUGUACUCUCGUGUCUCUACAACAGUUGUGUGGCGUCACUGUGGUUCUCUUCUACAUGCAGCAAAUCUUCCACUCCACUGGAUCCAACAUCUCCAGUAGCACUUGCUCCAUGAUCAUUGGAGUGGUCAAGUUGUCUGCCGGGUUCGUCUGUCCGGUGGCAGUCAAAUCCUUUGGCUAUAAGAAACCCUUGAUCGUAUCAGCUUUCGGCUCAGCACUGGGAUUGGGAGGACUUGGUGUCUUUUUCUUCCUGAAGAAUCACGGGUUUAACGUCGACUCACUCAACUGGUUACCUCUAGUCAGCGUUGUGUUUUACGUUUUCGCUAUUAUGUCAGCUUACACGAUCCCAUGGGCUUUGUCCGGAGAGUUGUUUCCCGGCAACAUCAAACCCAAGGCCACCACCAUCAUUGCGGCGAACAGUGCUUUCAUGGGCUUCCUGACCUCCAAGCUGUUCCCGAAUCUCUCGCGGCUGCUGGGCAUCGACUUCCUGUUCCUGGGCUUCGCGAUGUUCUGCUGUCUGUCCAUGAUCUUUGUCAUAGUGACUGUGCGAGACACGAGUGGCAUGUCUUUCAUAGAGAUCCAGGAGAUGUUGCACGGCGACAAGAAGAAAAAGAUUCCCCUCGUUCAGGAAAAGUGAUUUCUCAUGGAAAUCAAAAGGUCACUGGAAAGUGUACAACAUUUUGUAAAAUACUUUUAUAUUGAAAUUGUUAACAUCAGUUUGUUGCUCACAACCUGUUAGCCUUCAGUAAUAGUGUUAUAAUGUAUAUUCAAUAUACAGCGUGAGCCUAGUUACCAAUGACAACUGUAGCAUAUUUUCAUUGUAUAUCACAAUACUCCAAUUUAAUAACCACUAAUUGAAUUCUUGUGCAUAUGUCUCAGUCAUGCACACCAAUUGCUAAUUUUUAGUCAAAGACUAUCUAGAUGAAGCACAGCAAGCCAUCUCAUUUGCUUUACAAAUAUAAUUUAUUUUAGAAAGUAAUAAUGUUGUAUUUUAAAAAUGUAGUUGUUUAAUAUUAUGAUAAUUAGAAACAAAAGAACCAACAUAAAAAAUUCUCCAUUCAAAAUUAGUAAAACCAGCAUAUAGAUUUUAUAAAUAUUGAAUAGAUUGAGAAAAGGUAAAGGAAAUCCUGGCUCAUAAAGGAGGCGUCAAAAAUUACAGAACUUAUUUUUCAAUAAUCCACAUGUUGGAACAAAUAAAAAUAUAGUUCUUAUACUUCCUUCAUAAUCAUUUUAACCUUUUCUUCGGGUAGGAUUUAUUUUGUAUUUUAACCAUCUUGUCAUUAACUUCCUUUAUUUUAAAUGUACAAAUCAGAUCAGUACUUUCAGAAAUAAGAGCACCAUCAAAAUUCUGAAGUUUUUUGUUUAAAGAAACUUAAGUUAUGUACAAGUUCUAGUUUACUUAUCAAUGCCUAUUUUUCACUUAUCCACUGUCACAGGUUGUAAGGCUAUUCUUUGGGGGAACUCUGCUGGUGCAAAGGAAGUGUUUAAAUGUAAAAAAAAAGCUAUACGCUGCCUCAUGAACAUUAAUGAGAGAUUCUUGCAGACAUUUCUUUAUAGAAUUAGGCAUACUAACAUGGCCUAGUAUCUACAUGUUACAGAGCCUAGUUUAUAUCAAAGAAAAUCUGACCUUGUUUAGUUUUACAAAAUUUGGUACACUCUCAUAAUUCCAGAUCUGCAAAUUUAAUUGAUGUGAGAUACACUAGGUUGUACAAGUCCCAACAUAGGUUUGUCUACAUUGGUACAAAUCUUUUCUAUAAGUUGCCUCAUAAUGCCAAAACAGUGUGCACAAAGAACUUUAAGAAUGUUUUGGUUACCUGGCUGAAAAUGAAAGCCUUUUAUUCAUUUGAAGAGGUGUACCUAAAUGAUUUUAAUGAUAUUGAAUUUUAAACUAGUUAUAAUGAAAUGUGACAAAUUAUGUAGCCUAAUUCAUGCCAAUACUGUGAAUUGUUAAUGCUUAAUGUGGGACAACAAUAAACAUUCUUGAUUCUAGAAGUGAGCAACGACAUCUAACCAAUCUUAAACCAACAUAAUACACAUUUUCACUAAUAUCCAGGCAGUUGUGAAGGUGGAUUCCUAACGCUGUGUUCAGUUCAAAACUUGUCUGGCAUUAUUUCUCUCAUCAGGAUCAAGAAAGUCAUUGUUUGUUGGGUUUCAGCCCAUGAGAGGAUCAUAGAAUAUCAAAAAUUGAUGGUUUGACAAAACUGAGUUCAGUAUGAAAGGGUAUCACAGGGCUUCAUGUCUGUGGGAUCUCUACAUGUGUAACCUUUACAUCUACAGGUAUUUCUAACUGGAUGAGUGUUGUAUUAUUCAUUCACCUUCCCAUAGAUAGAUACUUAUCUUCUUGGAUAAUCGGCUUAUCUAUAAGAUAGUAGAUAAGUAGACAAAUAGGUAAUAUCAGGGCGUGGAUAUCUAACAAAAUAUAUUUACAAAGCCAAUAUAUCUUGAGAUAAUCAAUUCUGUAGACUAUUCAAUGAGUAAGACACAUGUUUUUUUUUUUUUUUUAUUAUUUUAGAUUUGUUUUAGCACUUUUGACACUUUGGUCGGGAAGAUUUGGUUGAUUUUUUCAGUGUUUUGUAGGUCUGUUGAAACUGUAAACUGCUAGGUUUUCAUUUAGUAAGUAGAAAGUCCAUGCUAUGGCCCAUUUAGGUUUGAAUACUUUGAAAUGAGCAUUGCAGCAGUGAUAAACCCAGAGGGGUGUAGAGACAAGUACCAUUGUGUAGUUGUCUACCGACUGUACUUCUUUCAUGCCAAAUAUAUACUGUCCCUUGCUUCUACAGCAGGGCACCUCACUCAUCAGCUCUAUAUGCUGUUUUGGUGUUAAUAAAGAAACUUUCAAGAAAUGUAAGAUCUUUACUAGCCCAUAUGUGUACAUGUACGUGUGAGUGAAGUACCGAGUCAAGUUUAUCAAUAUUUGGACUGGUUUUCUAAACAAGAGAUAAUUCACCAUUACAAUAACAGAAUUACUAAUUUGUAAAUAUAUAUCACAAUAAUACCACAGCAAGAUUAGAGAACAAAUGUUUAUUAUAUCAGUAUUAAACCUUACAAUAAAUUGCCUAACAAUGUCAAACAAAUGCCACAGGUCCGCUUCUUACGACAGAGUAAAGAGCCUAUUAGUACGAACAGGUCUGCUAUAAGAUUUCAGAAUUUCUAAAUGACAAAAAUGUAACAAUAUAGUUAUUUAGAUCCAAUGUUGUCUCCUAAGUAAUUUAAUAUAAUAAGAAAAGUUUAUUAUUAACCCUUUGAGUGCCAAGUAUUUUUCUAGUUGGUGUACCUAAAAGUGCCAGCCCUUUUUCAGGCAUUUUGCAAGGUUUUAGUAAAACAU